AUGAGUAUUCUCAUUUCUUCUCUAUCAGAUGAGGCCAUGUCUCUUGCAGUUGGCCGCGCAACCAGUAAGGAACUAUGGGACGCUCUCCAUGCGGCCUAUAGUAAUGCUUCUACCCCAAGGAUCUUAUCCAUUAAUGCCGCACUUCAACAACUUGUUCAAAAGCCAGAUGAGACUGUCACACAAUUUUUGAGUAGGGCCAAGGCUCUCUCUGAUGACCUAAGUGCUGCCGGCAAACCCCUCCCACCGGAGGACCUCUAUCUCCAUAUUUUUUAUGCUCUACUCGCUGAGUUUCAGCCACUCGUGCCAACUAUAAUGGAUCGCCAAGAGCCGAUCAGUUACACGGAUAUGUAUGGUCUCCUAGUCAGCCAUGAAUAUUUGCUUCAAUCUCGCCAAGCCGUUGUGGACCCAGCUGCCAAUGCUACUGCGAAUAUGACUCAAUACAAUCGGGGCACUCCUACCUAG